AUGGUUACUGAUUGGUAUGCAGCUGGACAUGAGGUCGCAGACCACACGAUGACACAUCCAAAUUUACCGGGAGAAGCCGAAAUAACCGGCAACAAACUCGCCCUUCACGCGUUUUCCGGCAUUCCAUACAGCAAAAUAACCGGGUUUCGUGCUCCAUAUCUCAAUUAUACGGUCGAAAUGCUAAAAACUCUUGCAAGACUUGGAUUUACGUACGAUUCAUCCAUUACUGCUAGUCCGGGUGAUACCUUCUGGCCGUAUACACUAGAUUUUGGUGUAGCAAAUGAAUGUUGGACAUCUAUUUGCGAUGCUGGCGUAAAAUUGCCGGGAUUUUUUGAAUUUCCAAUGUAUAAUAUUCUUGGCGACAAUAAUGUGGAAUAUACGAUGGAUCCUAUGCUUAGUGGUGACCCACAAGUCGUAGAAAAAUGGCUUGUAAGUAACUUUGAUCGACAUAUUCAGAAUAAGAAAGCACCUUUUGGCCUUUAUCUUCAUGCCGCUCAGCUAGUACCCCAGCCAGACCGUCCAGAUCCCGGCCCACAGAUAACUCAGUACAAUCGUUUUUUAGAGUAUGCCUUGUCCCAACCGAACGUCUAUGCCGUUACCUAUUCUCAAGUGCUUGCCUGGAUGAAAAAUCCUGUCCCAGUUUCCCAACUCAAGAAUCAUCCCGCAUUUAAAUGUGAUGUACCGAAACUUGGCACAGAAAUCUGUAACGGCCUUGAUGACAACGGUAACGGUAAUAUUGACGAAGGAUUAAAACAGCAAUGCAAUUUGCCUACGGCUAGCUUCUCGACAUGUUACAAUUGCCCAAACGAUAUACCAUCCCCGGGCAAUCCAACUCCAAAAAGAGUGAACCAGAAUAGAUUUGAAGUGAGUGACAACUGUGAUUUAUUGUACUGGGAUCCUAUUGCUGGAAAGUGUUUGUGUCAAGAUAAGUCGUGCGCUUUUACGGAUUUGCUAGCAAUACCUGGAAAAUGGAAAGUGAAUCUCGAAUAG